GAACCUGUUUCAGGAGCGGGGAGAGCUGUGCUGGGAUGCAGGAAGGAGGAGAGCCUGUCCCAUCCUGGUGCUGUUGGUGUGUGGGGUCUGUUCCAGUGGCUCCCCUGGGCCUGCCCAGGGGUCUCUGUGCUUUUCCUUAACCCCGUUCCCAGCUCCCAGCUCACCAUCAACACAGCCAUUGUGUACAUGCAUCGCUUCUACAUGGUGCAGUCCUUCACCCAGUUCCACAGGAAUUCGGUGGUGCCAGCAGCGCUUUUCCUGGCAGCCAAGGUGGAGGAGCAGCCCCGAAAGCUGGAGCAUGUCAUCAAGGUGGCACAUGCCUGUCUGCACCCCCAGGAGCCUCUGCUGGACACCAAGAGUGAGGCUUACCUGCAACAAGCCCAAGACCUGGUCAUUCUAGAGAGCAUAAUCCUACAGACCCUGGGGUUUGAGAUCACUAUUGACCAUCCUCACACCCAUGUGGUGAAGUGCACUCAGCUUGUCCGAGCCAGCAAGGACUUGGCACAAACUUCCUAUUUCAUGGCUACAAACAGCCUGCACCUGACCACCUUCAGCCUGCAGUACACCCCGCCCGUUGUGGCCUGCGUCUGUAUCCACCUGGCCUGUAAGUGGUCCAACUGGGAGAUCCCAGUCUCCACGGACGGGAAGCACUGGUGGGAAUACGUUGAUGGCACUGUAACUCUGGAGCUCUUAGAUGAACUGACUCAUGAAUUCCUGCAAAUCCUUGAGAAAACUCCCAGCCGACUGAAGCGGAUCCGGAACUGGCGGGCCUCUCAAGCAGCCAGGAAAUCCAAGCCCGACGACCACGGCGAUGACGAGAGCCUGUCAGAGCAGACAAUCCUCAACAUGAUCUCCAGGAACAACAGCUCGGACAUGAACAUUGCUGGGCUCAUGAGCAUGUCGACAUCCUCCACGGCCGGGGCGGGGCCGGCGCUGCCAGCCUCGGCCGAUUCCCCCGGGGAGCCGAGCGCUGCCGAUCCGUCCCAGGCCGAUCACUGGCAUCCCCCGGCCAAGCUGGACAUCCACAGGACUAGCGAGAGCGCCUCGGCUGCUGCUGAGCACCCGCAGCAGGAUGGUGCUGCCUACCCCAAGCAGAGCACCAAGAAUGCGCCCUCAGCCAAGGUGUCCCUCAAGGAAUACCGGGCCAAGCACGCCGAGGAGCUGGCGGCACAGAAGCGGCAGCUGGAAAACAUGGAGGCAAACGUGCGCUCCCAGUACGCCUACGCCGCACAGAACCUCCUGGUGCAGCAGCAGCGGGAGAGGGAAGGGCAGCAGGACAGCAACCCCUCCCCAAUCGUCCUGAAAAUCCCCAUGGCGGGGCCGGAGAACCCCGAGCGCCCGCCCGGCGCCGACAAGGGUGACAAAGCUCUCAAGAUGAGGAUGCCGGCGGUGGGGGGAGGCGGGGAGAGGCCGAUCCCCUCCAAGCAGGAGGAGAUCAAGAUGAGGAUUAAGGUGCCAGGUCCCGGAGACAGACACAGCUCCGCAGACGAGAGCGGAGGGAAGAGCCGGGAGUACAAAGAGAAGCACAAGGGCCACUCAUCCAACCACCACCAUCACCACCACAACCACCACUCGCACAAACACUUGCACGCCCAGCUCGGCGCCGGCCCCAGCACCGCGGCCAAGCGCCCGGGGGACUCCAAACACGGCGCCCAACCCGGUGCCACCGCCGCCCCCCACAAGGGCUACGGGCCUCUCGCCCCCACCCGUAAGAGACCCCUGCCCGAGGAGCCCCUGGCCGUGCCCCACGAGCACCAGCCCAAGGUGGGCAAAGUCUCCAAAGGCCCCGGAGUGCCGUUCCCGUACGCCCACCUUCCCGGGGCUGCCCAUCUGCCCGGGCACGGCUCGGAUUUAUCCCCGUUCCCCUACGCCCACCUUCCCGGGGCUGCCCAUCUGCCCGGGCACGGCUCGGAUUUAUCCCAGCCCAGCAAAGCUCGGGGCGCCCACAAAUCGGACAAGGGGCCUUCGGGGGCCAACGGGCACAACGUCAGCCAGGCCAGUGACUAUCAGGACACGGUGAACAUGCUGCACUCGCUGCUGAGCGCGCAGGGCAUGCAGCCCACCCAGCCCCCCGCCUUCGAAUUCCACUCGUACGAGCUCCUGAACCCCCGGGCUUCCAGCGGCUCCAGAGCUGCCACCAACACGGACAAGCCCCGACCGCCCCCCCCCCCCCCCCCCCCCCCCCCCCCCCCCGCUCCCAGUUAG